AUGUCGACAUCACCUACGCAGCUUGUUGUGGGCGUCGAGGGCGCCCGCGACCUCCUCGUGGGGGAUCUGAACGGCUCCAGCGACCCGUUCGUGCAGCUAUCGGUACUAGACGCCAAGGGGAGCCCCCUGGCGGCUGCAGGAACCCACAAGACGCGCGUGGCCAAGCGCACGCUGAGUCCGGAAUGGCACGAGACGUUCACUCUCGGCUCUCGCAGCUUCGACCUGCGCUUAGCGACGACGUUGCGCUUUAUGGUGUUUGACUUCGACGGACUUAAGCGAGACGACGUCCUGGGCGUCGUGGACGUGCCGCUGGACAUGAUUACGUGCGACGCGGAGCCCAUGGACGACUGGUACCGUAUCGUCAAGGUGCCGGAUGUAAUGCGAACCGACGCCAAGGGAGAACUCCACUUGACGUUCAGUAGACCCGCAGCUCGAGUCAAAGCCAAGUCCGUGGCCUCCGAGAGCCCCAACUUGCUGUACGUGACGAUCGACUCGGGCAAAGAUUUGCUGCCCAUGGACCGCAACAACAGCAGCGAUCCGCUCGUCAAGUUGUCGGUCGUGGGGCAACGUCAUCAAACGGAAACCGUGGCCAAGACGUUGAAGCCUCAUUGGGACGAGCGCUUUGCCUUCCUUCUGCGUGACGCACACACGACGUUGGAGCUGCUGGCCGAAGACGAAGAUCGAACGAUUAACGACUUUUUGGGCCGAGCGCAAUUGGUGCUGGCCGAUGUGGUGGAGCCCCAUGAGGAGAAGACAGUGACGGUCACUCUUUUGGAUCGAAAACUGCAUCCGGACAAAGACCGAGGCACGCUGAAGCUCCGACUGCUGUGGGUGUACGACCCCAACGCUGAGAGUAUCACGAAAAGUGCCAAGAAGAAGAAGGACAAGUCCAUUUUACAGUCACUGAAGCAGUCCAUGCGCGUGAGUGCGCCUGCAGGUCCGUACGAUUCGGACGACGAGCUGAACGACGAGGACGACGAGGUGCUGGAUGUCGAGAGCGACGAGGAAGUGGACGCGUCGUCACUCCCGCCCGCCGCACCAGGAACGACGCGACUGAACUUCGCAGUAGCAACGAUCCACCGCGUGGAAGACUUGCCACCGAUGGACUCGCUGCUGUUCGACAAGGGGGAGAACCGCAAGCACAGCAAAGGAGGUAUCGACGUCUACGUGGCUGCAGCUUUAGCGUCCGAGCCAGAGGAGUUUGUACGCACACGUGUGCGUACAAAACAUGGACGACGGGACCAGUUAAACGCAAACUUCCGCGAGAGUUUGAUGCUGUAUCUGCCCGACACGAAGGAGACGCACAAUGCGAUUUUCAACGUCAUGGAUUGGGAUCCCGUGGGCGGCGACGAAGUGGUCGGGAGAUUCGAGCUCCGGAACGUCGAAGCAGUGGCCAAAAUCCACGAAAAGCGGCCCUUCUGGGUCAAUCUGUACGGCGCCCCCGUCAAAGGAGCGAGUAACAACAGUCGGGCGGCGGAGCUCAUGAACGAGAAUGAAAAUCUGGCGUCUGCGUAUCGUGGACGUGUGCUCAUGACGCUGCGUAUCCGAGCCAAGUCUUCGGAUUGUUACGAAGCCAAACACCAGAAGCGAUUGGCCCCCAAGCUGCCCAUUGAGAGCUUCCCGGAGAGCUGCGUGUACCGCAUGCGAGCUCACUUUAUCCAGGCCGUUGGGUUGCCGUCUGCUGUGGCCAAUAUGAAGCCGAAACUGUCGCUCGUCUUGUCCUGUGGUCUGCGUCAGAUCGCGUCGACGCGGAAGAGCGCAGUGAACGGGAGUAUCAAGUGGAACGAGACGGAGGAGAGCGACAAGAUGCUCUUCCCCGUGGAUAUCAACCAGGUCCCGCAUGUGUUCUUGUACUUGUGCGAGAAGGACGACGACAACCGUGUCGCCAUCUGCUACAUACGCUUCAGUGCCAAAGAGCUGCUCAUGUCGCAGUUUGAACGCGAGACGGAGUGGAUUCCUCUGCUUGGAGAUCGCGCUGUGGCCAAGGCCAAGCCACGGGAUGAAUUUACCGGUAAGGUGAUGGUACGUCUCGGUUUUGGCUCCAUCGAAGCAGCCACAGCACAAUCCUGGGACCAAAAGACCAUGAUCGAUUGCGUGAAUCGCCACAAACCCUAUCAGGUGCGUGUUCGUCUGUAUGAAGCCAGGAACUUGGUGUCGCUACACGACAGCACCAAGACGAUCGUCGCGAGUGCCACGAUUCAAUGCUGGGAUGGCUGUCACAAGACGCUGGAGAAGGAUGCCAAGCAACAGGAACCUUCCACGUCUCCAGUGUGGGCGCAAACGUUCUGUAUGGACGUGAAUCUACCGCAUCUGCAGUACGCGCCUCCCGUGUUGAUCCACGUGAGGGAACGAGAAUCCGUGCGAGUACAUUGGCACAGCAGCCAUCAAGCUGUCGAGUGCUGAUACCAGUGAUGACAGCGUGACGCUGUGUACGUCUCAGGAACUCAAGCAGAACGAGCGUCCACAGCAGCCCAAGCCCAAGUGGCUCUCUGUGGGUUUCACUGGAGGACGACGAAGAGACGCUACACGGUCAAGUUCUCGCUUCGGUUGAGCUCAUUCGCAAGGCCUUUCCCGAUGAGACUUUACCGGAGCCAGAAGCGCUGGAUGAAGUCCACAUGGACGUGUAAGGGUGCAGCAAAAGGAGGGUAAGUUGCUGGAAUGAAU